AUGGGAAUCGAAACAUUGUUCUCUAAAUACAAUUUGAGCAUAUCAAUAUUAUGUGGACAAGGUUAUGAUGGUGUGAGUAAUAUGCGAUGUCAGUUUAAUGGGUUAAAAGCACUUAUAUUGAAAGAUAAUGAAUAUGCCUUCUAUAUUCAUUGUUUUGCUCACCAAUUUCAAUUGGCAUUUGGAGCUAUGGCAAAAAAGGAUACAAAUAUUGAGAGACUUUUUUUGAAAGUUUCUUGUGUUAUGACUAUUGUUGGAUGGUCACCUAGACGUAGGGAUCUUCUUAAUGAGAAACAAGCUUUGAAGGUGAAAAAAGCUAUUGAAAGUGGUGGGCUUUCAACAGGGCAAGACCUUAAUCAAGAUACUAGUCUUAAGCGGCCGGGGGAAACACGGUGGGUGCUUAAGGAUCUUACUGAAAAUUCUGAUAAUAGAGUUGAAGCAAGUGAUUUGGUGGAUUAUAUGACUUCUUUUGAUUUUGCUUUUAACUUGCACAUGAUGAAAAACAUUUUGGGAAUCACAUUUGAAUUUUCACAAGCAUUGCAAAGGAAGAAUCAAGAUAUUAUAAAUGUUAUGUCUUUGGUUCAUUUGUUGAAAAGAAGAAUAUUGUUGAUAAGAAAUAAUGGAUGGGAUAAUCUACUUGAUGAAGUUUCUCAUUUUUGCAUUGCUCAUAAUAUAAAUGUGCAAAAUAUGGAAGAGAAAUUUGUUGCACAAGGGAGACCAUGGUGUAAUGUUCAAGAGAUGACAAAUUUAUUUCAUUAUCGUAUCGAGUUGUUCUAUGCCAUAAUAGAUUUGCAAUUAUCAGAGCUUAACAGUCAUUUUAAUGAAGAAAUGACAUUUUCUGCUAUGAAAAUUGUGAAGACUCAUUUACCCAAUCGGAUGGAAGAUCAAUUCUUGAAUGAUAGCCUAACUCCAUAUGUUGAGAAAGAUAUAUUUGACAGUGUUGAUAAGGAGAUGGUGAUGCAACAAUUCCUUAAUAUGAAGCCCCGCCCAGGACAAUAG